AUGGGCACGCUCCUGGGCGGGGUCCUGAUCAAGAGGUUCGGCACGAGGACGGUUCUGUCCUGCGCGACAGUCCUCAUCGGCCUGCUCACGGCGACGCUCCUCACCGUCGAUGCGGCCACGGGCGGGCGGUGGAUGGUGAGUCCUACGAUAUACGGCAGGUUUAGGCCAGGGCUCGUGUCGGCUGUAUACUUCAUGUGCUGCUCCUGCUCGGGUGCGAUCGACCUCAUCCGUGUCCUGAUCCCGGGGGAGAUUGUGGAUGGAGAGGUCGACAAACUGCGAAAGAUGGAUCCUCUGGUGAGUCGCGCGUGCUGGCGAUGGAGGCAGGUCGAGACGGACUUCUGA